CGCAGUGGUCACGGUCGCUGUUUUGCACAGAAAGCAGAAUUCUUGAAAGAGUGCGGAGUCCAAAGAUUUGGCGACAUUAAGGUUUUGAGUGAAUAGUGAGUCUUUGGUCAGGAAAACAAGAAGUCAUGUGGUCUAGGUUACUAUGUGGCGGACGGGUCGGGUUUGGUGUACGGGCAUCGAGACAGUGUUUGCCCAGCGCUGGAUCCGAAACAGCAGGAAAGCAGUUGCAGAGACAUGCUUCAACUUCAGAGGCAUCCAUGAGGAAGACAGCUCUGUUUGACUACCACCGCCAGCAGGGAGGCAAGAUGGUGGAGUUUGCAGGCUGGAGUAUGCCUGUGCAGUACAAGGACAGCCACAUUGUGUCUCAUAUGCACACAAGGCAACACUGCUCUAUAUUUGAUGUCAGCCACAUGCUACAGACCAAAGUCCAUGGGAGGGACAGGGUGAAGUUCAUGGAGUCCCUGAUUGUAGGAGAUGUUGCUGAGCUGAAGGACAACCAGGGCACACUGACGCUCUUCACCAAUGAGCAGGGUGGAAUCAUGGAUGACCUCAUUGUCACUAAGACGGACCAGGGCUACCUCUAUGUGGUGUCCAACGCCGGCUGUGCUGAUAAAGACUCCGCCAACAUGAAGGCCAAGCUGGCGGAAUUCAAAGCAGCAGGUCAUGAUGUGGAUCUGGAGUUCUUGGAGGAGUCUCUGAUUGCUGUGCAAGGCCCUUCCACGGCCCAGGUGCUCCAAGAGGGCCUGUCAGAUGACCUCAGCAAGCUGACCUUCAUGACCUCCACGCUGGCCACGGUGUUUGGCAUCCCGGGCUGCAGGGUCACCCGCUGUGGCUACACUGGAGAGGAUGGGGUGGAGAUCUCUGUUCCGACGUCCAGCGUGGUCGCCCUGACGGAACGUCUGCUGGCCAACAGCGAGGUCAAGCUGGCCGGGCUGGGCGCACGCGACAGUCUGAGGCUGGAGGCGGGCCUCUGUCUCUACGGCAACGACAUUGAUGAGAACACAACUCCAGUGGAGGGCACCCUAGUAUGGACCAUAGGAAAAAGGCGUCGCCAGGCAAGGGAUUUCCCCGGCGCUGACAUCAUCGUGCCCCAAAUUAAGGCCAAGACCGCCAGGAAGAGGGUGGGGCUGGUGUCCACCGGCCCACCUGUCAGAGGCCACACCCCCAUCCUAAGCCCAGAAGGAAAGGUCAUAGGUGAGGUCACCAGCGGCUGCCCCUCCCCCUGCCUGAAAAAGAAUGUUGCCAUGGGUUACGUGGAGGCAGCGUACAGUAAGAACGGAACACCGGUGAAGGUGGAAGUCAGGAAGAAAGCUGUUGACGCCAUCAUCAGCAAGAUGCCAUUUGUGCCCACCAACUACUACACUGGCCAAUAGGCUAUGCUGUCUGUUCAUCGUGCUGUCUGUCUAUCGUACUGACUGACUGACUGGCUGACUGGCUGUGCUGCCUGUUUGUGCCAUUAAUAGUUGUCUGUGACCAAUCUAACUGUAUUAGGAAUGGAUGUGUUUAAGCACACUGUCUCUGAUCAGGGUCUCUCUUCUGUGAGUAAAUGCUCCCAUCUCAUGUUCAGGGUGAGUAUUACACCUUAAACCACCGGAGGGAGUGCAAUGCCCUCCAUAGAACCUGAGUUGGCAGAAUGUUCCAGUCCAACUCCAGGUUAAUCAAACAAGGUAACAUCCUCCCACUCUCUGUAAAAUGUGGAUUUCUUACUGGUUUUGUCUCUGAGGUUCAUGCAGAACUUGUAGACCAGCAGAUCGCACUGGACACAUGACAUAUCACAGACUCAACCUUUUUUUACUGUUUGUUAUCUUUCUGAUAUGAUCAUGAAUCUAAACUUGAAUUUUGAAGUUGAAGUGACACACAAUGGUUUGUGUGUCAUAUACGUUUACUAAUGACUAAUUUUCAAAGGUGUAUGUUUGUAUCAGCAAGACCAAACACAGUUCCAGAUUAUUCCAAAUGGCCCUUUUGAUAUUUUGAAUAGUCCUUGUAAUUACAGCUUGCGGUACUACAAUAGUUUUCCCAUCACUACCUGGCCACUCUUCUCAUAUUUUUUGAGAAAUGUUAUUGCAGUAUUAUGAAGUAUUAAGGGUCCAACUAUCCAUAAGACUUAUCAUUUCCUUAUACACUUUACUUACAAAAGUUUCUUGUUAUAUGCUUAAAGGAAGUAGAUACUGCAAUAGCCUAAUUUGUUUCCAUGUACUACUGAAAAUAUUUGUUUUCAUGUUUUUAAUUUAAAUUAAAUUUGAUGUAUUGAAAUAUUAAUUUGGACUAUACAAUAUCAUUGUAUUUUAGAAAGCUUUCAUUAAUCUAUAUUCAACCGCAGUGUAUCGUUGUUUUGUCUACAGAGAUAGGCUAAUACAACCGAUGUAUGAUCUAUGCGGUUUAGUUUACAUUAUUGAAGUGUAUAGCCUAGGUAAAAUAAAUGAUUUAACGUUUAAAGAUGACAAUGUUGUUGAUAAGCACUUUUUGUCAUAUUUGCCGAAAUAAACUUAAUAUCUUGAUAGAACU